CUAUUAAUAAAUUAAUAAAGAAAAAAAAAAAACACUUGAUUUUGCUUCCUUCUCACACUUUUUGUUCUCAACCAGAGAUUUCGUCUUUUCAAGUGUUCCUUAAAGCUACCAUCUCUUUAGUGAGAGAAGAGAGGAGAGAGAAUUUUCUAGAGAGAGAAAGUAAGAUGGAGAGAAAAGUGAUUGUGGUUUGCUGCGUUGUGGGCUUUUUGGGGCUUCUAUCCGCCGCUACAGGUUUUGCUGCUGAAGCUAAAAGGAUUAAGAGUACCCAGGUCGAAUUUCCGUCUCCCUCUGAAUGUAUAUACCCGAGAAGCCCUGCACUAGUCCUUGGCUUAACUGCAGCCGUCGCUCUAAUGAUCGCUCAAAUAAUCAUCAACGUUGCAACGGGGUGCAUUUGUUGUAGAAAAGGCCCACAUCAAUCAAACUCUAAUUGGACCCUAGCCCUUAUCUGCUUCGUCGUUUCUUGGUUUACAUUUGUGAUAGCGUUUCUUUUGCUGCUAACGGGUGCGGCUCUCAACGACCAACACGGUGAGGAGAAUUUGUACUUUGGCAGUUACAACUGCUACGUUGUGAAGCCGGGUGUUUUUGCUGGAGCUGCUGUGCUGUCGUUUGCGAGUGUGUUUCUUGGGAUAAUAUAUUAUAUUACGUUGCAUUCGACGAAGAAUAGGAACGAUUCGUGGGGCCCAUCAGUUCCUCCCUCUCAAGGCGGCAUUGCGAUGGCUCAGCCGCAGUUUCCUCCUCCUCGAGAUCCUCUGUUCGUGCAUGAAGACACUUACAUGAGGCGGCAAUUUACUUAAAUACCCUCGUUAUUUGUUUUGGAAAUAGUACAUAGGUAGUGAAGGGAUAUGUUUAUUGAAUUUGAUGGAUUGUUUGUUUCCCUUUGUUAAAUUGUGUGUUUAUUUUGUUGUAUUUUUUAUGUGAAUUAGUAAUUUAGCUUUGACUAUUAAAGCUAUAAAGCUAAUAUGUCAAUUGUUCAAGUUCUGCUCUUUCAUGGAACGGAUUGAAA